AUGUCGAAAGAAAAGCAGAGGAGGGUAUCCGAUGCAUCACCGUCGCUGCCGGAAGAGAUGGUCGCCGAGAUCCUGAGCUGGUUGCCGGUGGAAUCAGUACUGAGAUUCAAGUGCGCCUGCAAGAAGUGGGGCCAACUCAUACAGCAAGAUCACUUCGUCGAAAAGCAUCACCGCCGCGCCGCUAUGGCUUGCUACUAUCAAAAAGAAUACAUAAAUCAGUUUUGUUCGGAAUUCUCCUGUAUUGAUAUACAGGAAGGGUUACUGUUAGAGCAGGAGGAUCAUCGUCUAGAUCCCCCGGGAAGGUUUCGCAUAAGGAAUCCGGCGACCAUGCAAACGGUAUACUUGCCGGAUCUCCAGGUCGGCGAUGAAUCGCCAGCUUGGGUAGUGGCCAGAAUGUUCUUCGUCGCAAAAAGUAUUAACGAAUGCAAGGUGAUAAGUUUCUGGGAGGAGUCGGAAGGAUCAGUUUUGUCGGGAAGAUUUAGAGCACUAACUGUGGGCGUUGAUGCAGAGUGGAGACCUCUCAAGAAUUCCCCACCCAACCCCAUACACCGCAUUAGCAACUCCGACCGGAAGCCGAUGGUUUUCCCUCUGAGUAUUCAAAAGAUUUUCCAUGUCAUCACAAUGGACGGCGACCACAGGAACAUUCUUAUGGUGGACUCAGAGGAUGAGAGCAUUAAAAUUAUUAAAAUCCCAGAAAAUCUCUUCUAUCCUUGGCGGAGUGUGAUACCUAGAGAAUGGAAUUCAAAUCUGUCUUUUUUCCCAUCACACCACCGUGAUGGAAAUCAAAUCGAAAUCUGGAUUCUCAUGAAUAGCAGCAAUAACGAGUGGGUUAAUUUUAAAACCCAGGCUACAGUCGAUCUUGCAUCUACUCUUACCCAGGAUUAUCCAAUGUCAUACAUCACAAAGAAACAUGUAGCAGCAUGGAAGUUGAGUGGGGAUAUAUUUUGGCGUUGGCAUGAAAGCGUAUAUCUUCCAUGGGUUAUGAAGGAGGAACUAAGCAUUAAACCCUCAAUUUUGCAGUUAAAAGGAAUGCAAUCAGGAAAGGUGGAUGCCUAG